AUGGGCACCUUGCUUGAAGUAUGGUAUUGGUGUCUCCACAUCUGGCGAUAUCUCUUCCCGACGGGCCACUUCAACGCGAAUGAAAUACCGAACUUGACAGGGCGGGUAAUGCUCCAUAACGCGAAGGUCUAUAUGGCAUCGCGUAGCGAAGAGAAAGCACAGCUUGCAAUCAAUGAACUGAGGGAAGAGACUGGCAAAGAUGCCAUCUUCUUGCAACUAGAUCUCAGCAGCUUGGCUUCGGUCCGCCGUGCCGCGGAAACAUUCAUGAGCAAAGAGACGGAGCUGCACGUUCUGAUAAAUAAUGCUGGUGUGAUGGGUAGUCCGUUGGAUCUCCUUACGGAGGACGGUCAUGAUUUUGUUUUUGGUACAAACGUUAUCGGCCACCAUCUCCUGACGAAGCUGCUGCUGCCUGCCCUUCUUGCGGGAAAGGAGACAGCUCCAGAUCAUCAUGCCCGCGUGAUUACUGUUGCUUCCUCGGCGGCGCUUCUGCAUGCGAUCAAUUGGGAUGCCCUCAGAGAUGGCCCUGCCCGAAGGGGGACGUGUGUCGAACAUCUCUAUUAUCAGAGCAAGUUUGCGAACGUCGUGUUAGCUCGGCAGUUGGCAAAGCGCUAUGGCUGCGAUGAUAUACUAUCCAUUCCGGUGGAUCCAGGGAUCAUACGCACCGAUAUCAUGAGAAACCUACCGGCUAUCCAGCGAGCAUUCCUUAGACGUGUAUCAUACCCCGCCUCUUUCGGCGCUUUGAAUCCGCUCUGGGCUGGCACCAUGCCGGAAGCACUGAACUGUAACGGGCAGUUCGUGAUUCCUUUGGCAACUGUGGCACCAUGUCGGCAGGAAGCUUACGACGAUGAAGUUGGCAGUCGGUUAUGGGACUGGUUAGAAGAGCAAGUGAAACAAUGA